GUCAGUUUAGUCGGCAACUGUCAGUAGGGUAGGGUGGGAUUGUUUAUAUCUUUAUUUACAAACAAAUAAACGAAAAACAUUGAAAUGGAUUACUUAUUAUACAAUGAAUUUGUUUUUAAUUUAAAACUAAGUUUAAUUGACGAAAUGGUAUAACAUAUUCUAAUCAUCGAUAUUUAUUCUAGAUCAAUUUAUUAACAUGGAACAAGGAGAAGCUGAAAAAGAUAAGAAACAAGAUGAAGCUCAACAGCUAAGUCCAAAUGCUUUGAAGGUAGCAGCUGCAGAUUGCCUUAAUAGUUGGAUUCAUUAUUUACAGAUGUUGAAUAGUAUGUGCGCAGCUGGUUUGCGCCUAUCUCAAUCUCUAACAAAUCUGUCUCAAAUGCAGAACAUUCCUUUUGCUCUACAAUGCCAGACUAGCUGGGAAGAGCUAUCUAAAUCGACUGUAAUUGCUAGUAAUAAUGUAAAAACUCACAUUGCUAAUGCCAUGCAGGACAUGAGUAUUGGUGAGACAUUUACCGAAGGAGACGCUCAAAGGCAACAGGAGCACAAUCAACAGAUCAUAACUGAAAAUUUGCUCGCUUUUGUCAAUCUCCAAUAUCAGUUUUCCAUUGCUGGCUGUGAAAAUUUUGGGUCCAUGGCUAUGUGCCCGUUGUGUCAAACUGCCCCCGGUGGGAUUCAUAGCUCAGAAUGCAGCUUAGCUGCACUUCAACAAUGUUUUAACAGGGUAUUACAAGAGUCAUCUUCACAACGUUCAAGUCCCCAUUUACCAACAGAACUUUGUACAGACAGUCCCAAAAGUCACGAAAUGUCAAAAAGCGAAGUUCCAAGACAAAGAAGCCCCCAUUCAGACACUAGAGAACAUUCUCCACACGCAGAAGGUAUUCAUAGAGGACAAAGUCCCAUUCAUGCUUUCGGAGAAGGUACAAGCAAAACUAUAGGGCCUUUGGAGACAUUGCGAGGUCCUUUUCCUAUACCAGGUCCUUUGCAUACAAUGAAAUCUCCUUUCCCGGGUCGGGGUUCUCGAUCCCCUCUUCACUUUCCACUUUUUCCUUUGAAUUGUCAACGUCGCUGGUCGGAAGCUGGUGUUAUCGAAUCUUAUGGAGACAGCGGAGACGAACAGAGACGACGUUGGUCGAUGCCUUGGGAUACGGCAUGGGGAGAAGCUGGUCAACAGAGAUAUCUACCAUCGAAAUUAGCCGCCCCAUCUGGGUACCCUCAAGAAAAAAGCAGAAGUACUACUCCAGAAACUGUACCCCCAUUAUCCCAAGCUUCGUCUGGGGGUCCAGGUAUACUUCCUGGUACUGAAGGUUUGGCCGAAGCCAUACAUUUGUUGUCUUGUCGUCCUGCUAGAUGUUCAAUACCACAAACAUCUGGACAACAUUAUAUGCCUCAUUGGGGAGAAACGCACGAGGAAAGAAUGCACCGUAGACUGAUGUAUCCUGGACCAGCAUCCCAAAGGGGUAACUGGCAAUCUAUCGACGUACCACAUUCAAGCGGUAUGUCGGUGACUGAGCAUUGUGAUAUUUUUCCAUCGGGUUUACCAUUAACUUCAAGAAAAAGUAGCUCCUCAACUGAUUCCUCUUCAUGUCUGUCGAUUCACAGUCGAUCAACUACAAGUUCUUCAGAAAGGGGAUCCGCCAGUGAAGCUAGUGGCACUGAGGCUAUUCGACUUCACGCAAAUCUUUAUUCGAUGUGGAGUGGUAGUGAACAUCUACCGUUCAUACGUUUACCGGAAUCUCAAGAACCUCAAGAUGAUAGCGAUACUGAUGAUCCUUCUACAGAAAAAAGCAUCAGUAGAUAUUUUCCCAAACCCACUUAGUAUGAUACUACAACCAACUCCUUCGUUCCUCGAUUCCUGUAUUUCUCAAAUUUUCAUCAUUUGAACAUACCGUAUUUACCUAACCAUUUGUCAUCCUGGUUUAUUUAGUUCUCUAUCUCUUCAGAUUAUCGAUACCUAAGAGCAGAAAUUCCCAAACUUUUUUUCUAUUAAACAAAUUUCAAAAAACUUAUUAACAGAAUUAGUGAAUACAUUCACACCAUAUUCCCAACCCGUCAAAAAUUCAGAUCUUGGGGGUACACCUGGACCACUUUGGAUAUGUCCGUUUCGGAUUACUUUUGCAAAAAUCGAAAUAAAGUUUUGAUACUUGUAUAACUUUGAUAAUUAAUCAUUUUAUUGUUUGUAAAAACAUUACAUUCUUCAACCUGUUUUUCAUGUAAUUAUUAAAUGGACAUAGUACAUUUGUGCUCUAAAUUUUCUUUGUGUACUGAUUACUCAAUGCUUCUCUAUCCCUGGACUCUUUUUGUAACCUGUAGUUGAAAAUUGCUUGUAUUUAAUCCACUAAUCGACUCCAUGGUCUCUGUUUUUCAAUUUUUCCUGUCUGUUCUGUGUCUCAUAUUUUUUUUGUUGUUCUUAAAUCUCUCCCAGUUCCUUUAUUCUUUUGCUGUGUUCUGAUUCUUCAAAUAAAUUCCCUUUCCCUAUUUCGUUUUUAUUCUUAAAAUAAAUGGAAAUGAUGUUUUUUAAAAUUAUUUAUAAAUGUAUUCUGCCUGUUUUGUGUCGUUUUAAAGUUUGAAAGCAAUCGAAACGCUCAUGGAAUAUAACCAACCCCUCAUGGGAUGCUAGGUUUAUUUCUGAGGGAUAUAGUGACAGAUAUAACAUUAGGCAAAUUACUUAAAAUGGAACUAGGACUGGCCAUGUUCACAGAAGAACAGGCAAUCAGUGAAACAAAGGAAUUAUUGAAUGGAGACUGAGAGAAAAUGUCCUUAGAAGUAGAAGACGUCCACCAACAUGUUGGUCUGACGAUAUUAAGAAGUUAGUUGCCAGUUGGAUGACAAUUGCUAAGACCGUGUACCGUGGCAAAGUUUGUCUCAAUCGGUUCAUUAUUUUGCUCUGGUCUACUUCUCAGAAUAAAUUCCCUAUUUUAUUUAAACUCUUAAAAUUGGUGGUGUGAUGUAUAUAAUAUGGUGAUGUAUAAAAAUAUACAAAAAUACUUUCUGCUUGUUCAAUGAUAAUUUUUUUGUCGUUAUAAAGUCUGUCCCAGUCACUUUAUUCUUUCAAAUUCUGUUAUUUCACUCUCUUCUGCUUUCCCAUAUAAAUUUCCCAUCAAUUUUUCGCUCUUACAUCAACGGCAAGGAAGUUUUUUUCUCAAAAAUAUGUACAAAUACAUUUGCUUGCUCUGUCUCAUAAUUUUUUUGAUAUUCUAAAGACUCUCAGUUACUUUAUUCUUAUACAUUUCAUUAUUUUGCACUAACCCUAUUCCUAUUUUGCUCUUGAAUCAAUGGAAAUGAAGUUUUUUCAAAAAGAUAUUAAAAUACAUAUUUUUUUUCCUUCUAAGUCAUUGUAUUCUUUCAGAUCUUGUUAUUUUGAUCUGUUUUAAUUCCUAGAACAAAUUUCCUAUUUUGUUUUAUUUCUUAAAACGAAUCCAAAUGAUUUGUUUCAAUAAUAUGUGGUUGUUAUACAGUUUGUCCCAGUCACUUUAUUCCGGAUUCUGUUAUUUUCCUCUUUCUCCUGUUUCUCCAAAUAAGUUCCCUAUUUCUUUUUUCUUCUCAAAUCGAUGGAAAUAAUUUUUUAAAAUAUGUGAAUAUAAAAUAUAAUAAAAACUUGAAACUUCUA